GAUCUUCUCUUUCAAAGUAUGAACUGUACUUUUUGAUUUAUUUACAGGUAAGCGUGGCAUAGCUGAGUCGGCUGGUCGUGUGUAGCAUAGUUCUGACGGCUAAUAGACGCCAAGCAAUGAUGCUGCCACUCCGUUCCGAUGUCGGUCAGAAUGCUUGGCCAUCUUUGUGGGUUUCUUGCUUUGCGCAUUCUCUUGCGCGUUCUUAUCUGGCCAGUUCUCGAAUGUGUCUCUCCCUGGCACAUCGCAUGCAGCUUGAACUCGAACAAGCGGUGGGAGUGACAUUCCUCUCACAAUCGAAGAGCGCCCCAACGAACCGGCAAAUGCGACUCGAAUGAAUUGCGGAUGUCCAAUUGACAUGCUGCGAUAACGAAUGUCGGUUAUGCGUCUCCCUUGUCUCGAGAGAGGAGGCCAUGGUUGAUGUGUUGUUCGUCCCAGGC